UUAGAUUUUGUUUCGUCCCAAGCGGAUCUCGGACCUUUCCCGGAUCAGCCUCAUGUUCUUCUCAUGGAGAAGCGGCUCCCGCUCCUCUACACGUAGCGAAAGCAUGGAACGCUCGAAGCAGCUACCGGUGCUCCUAAGGCCACCACCCUCCAUGCACUUCGCCGACACGGGGCUGGACGCGUCUUCCGGUCCUCCCGGAGGCACUUUCUCUGAUCCCGUGAUUUCUCGUGCAGACUCCUUCGCAUCCACACGAGCGAGCACGGGGACGAACCUGUCUCACGGAAAGAGCAUGGUCCUACGUGAGACGCAGAGGAAGAUGAUUGUGAUGAAUUUCUUAGAUGCCAACGGAUUUAUGCACAUCAACGAGGCAAAGACUUCUUGGGGUCGCACUAGUCCCUGGAUGCAGCGCAGGACUGAUAAUUUUAAUGCAGCAGUUGUGAGGGCACUGCUCCUCCUUGGCGCCUGGCGCGAGGUGAAAAGCCGACGUGGUGAAACUCCCGAGGAACUGGCCGUACGCUUUCAGAGACGUUGGGGAGGCUAUGAUGAAAUCUUAAGGGUCUUUGAAGAGGACGCACGACGAAAGCAGGAACCAUUUGGCAUCACGACUGGGCGUUUCCGCACGUGA